CUGCAACCUUUGCCCCAGCAGGUUGUUAAUUUUUUUCAGCAGGAGUUGAAGAAAAAGACAAAACACCAGUCAGACGUCGAGGAGGGAAACACCAUCUCUGUAGGACAACACACAGGGUUUGCCACAAGAAGGAGAGAUGGGGGUGUGGAGCUGCAACAUCGUUGUGUUGUUGUUUCUCUGUGGAGCUUCUGUCACUGAGGCCCGUCCCGCUUUUGUAUCUGAUGUGGAGCACAGAGGUCUUCAGAGGCGUCUUCUAGCAGAGGAGGAUCCCACCAACAGCAACAUUAAUGGAACUCAGAAGGCAGUCGAUCCAGAUUGGGGCUCAAAGUCACUGGAGUGGUCCUAUCUGGCUGCAGGCCUCGGCACGGUCCUCACCAUCUCCCUCCUCAUCGUGAUGGCUGUCAAGCUUCGCCUCUUCCACCGCUUCAUCGCCAGCUACAGACACUCCCUGCUCCACGAGGCCGAUGGGGUCAGCCAGUACGGCCAGGACGAUGUGUCUUACCCGAGCAACGUGCCGGGUAGAAUGGGAAUGGUCAGAGGGACUGCUGAGAGUGGGCAGGAUGAAGAUGAUGACGGCUUCAUCGAGGACAAUUACAUCCAGACCAGUGAGAGACACAGGGCGGAGAGAGAGAGAGUGGAGCAGGAGGAGGCGACAGAGGACAGCGACGAUGAUCUGCAGUUCACAAUAGGGUGAUGGGAUAAAGGGAGACUAAUUUCAGUCAUGCACUACUUACUAAUUAUUGAAACACAUUAUAGACACACCUUUUGAAAAAACACUGUGCAUAGAGAAAUCUUGAUUGUAAAUUUGGAGCGAUGGCACCCAUCUAUUCUAUUGGCAGAACAUAAAAUAGUCUUAGCGAUUUGUAUUUAAAUACCAUAUAUUUCCUCUCUAUGGAGGCCACCAUGUUUUUUAACAGUAGCCCAGACCGUACCAACUAAACACCUUUUGAGUUUUUAUCACAACUGAAAGCUGCCACAGGUUCUCUUUCAUCUUUGGAAGGGGAGGGUGAGGUGAGAGGUAUUAAGCUGCAUCAUACAUCUUCACCACUAGAUGUCACUACAUUCUACACACUGAACCUUUAACUGUUGGACGCCAAAACAGAUCAAAAAUAUAAACAUGUCACAACAGAAAGGGAAAGUUUAAAGAAAAGAAUAGAUGGAAAAAAAAGAAAGAAAACAAAUAUGUGUCUCUGAAUUCUGAUUUAUUUUUUAUUUUCAUUUCAAGAAAAAUGUUACUGCUUUUCACUGAGUUCAUUUGAGUGAGGAUGAUCUGCACACAGGAUGUGCUGCAAUCCGUUCUGCCUAUAUACUGUACAAGUUGCAGUUUGUUGAAUUUGCUUUUUUCUCACAGAUCUGUUAAGUCAAAAAUGUUGCAUGAUGACACAUUUGCACCCUGCAGUUCAAAGCUGUUCUUGCUCUGCUGAUGAUAAAUCUUGAUUCCACUUCUUGAUUCGACAAGAUUUGACAUGUUCAUAUUUAGAUUUUGAUAUUUUAAAAGAGGAGAGAAACAUUUUGACAUUAUUUGAAUGUUUGAAUUGUGAAAGUGUGCAACAUGUAUAAGAGGUAGAAAUGUCACUGUAUUAAUGUAAAGAUAGAAAAGAUAUCGAAAUUCAUUAAUAAAUAAAUUCUGAUUGAAAUUCCACCAUUACUCAUUUUAAAAUGUAAGUUGCCAGUCUGGUUCUUUGAGUGUGUGAUAAAGAAACUCACAAAACACAACUAACACAGUGAUGCUUUGAUUUGAUGUAAACACUUACUGAAUUUAUUUUCAACCUCUGAGAAUCUCAGACAAUAAAAAAAAAUUCUGAGUCAUUGCUGACACUAUAA